GUAGAAGAAGGAAGUUUGGGGGAUAUCGGACCCAACACGAGAUUAUUUAUUGAAAAAAUGUUUGAGCUUGUGUAUUUGUUGUCAUGCUUGACAUUCGUCAGAGCAGGUUCUCACUCACUGAUGGCUUUGGCAACAUACAUAGAUGGACAAACGCCAUUUCCUGAGUUCAGUGUUGUGUUGAUGUUGGAUGAUGUGCAAAUAGCAUAUUAUGACUCAAUCACGUGGAAAACUGUCUAUCGCUCUCACAGUGAAUCAAAAUAUUAUGAUGAAGAGCAAAGGGAUGCUGGUGUUGUAUUUCAAUAUAUAUAUAACAACCUGAAAAAUUGGGAAUUAUAUUGUAAGGAUCGAUUUAAUCACACAGAUCACACAGGUGUACAUGUUACUCAGAGAAUUGUUGGAUGUGAAUUAUCGAACAAUGAUGAACCAGGUUUAUUUAAGUCUUGUGAUGCUUUUGAUGGACAAAAUAUUGGGGAUCUCACAUUUGACAUGGAAAAAAAUGAAAUCCACAACACAAUGCAAUGGGGAAUAGCAUGGGAGCAAGGAAAACAGCUUCAUGUAAAGUUUGUUCUUCAAAAUGUUUAUCACCCUAUUUGUAUUAAAACCUUGCGGAGGUACCUGAACAUGGAAAAGAACAAUGUCAUGAGAAAAGUGAAGCCCAGAGUCAGACUCAUGAAGAAGACACUCACAGACUCUCAAGGGCUUCAGAUCAGCUGUCUGGCCACUGGUUUUUACCCCCGUCACAUUAACCUGACCCUGUUCAGAGAUGGUCAGCCUGUGGAAGAUGAUCUGAUCACAGGAGGACAGAUUCUGCCCAACGGAGACGGAACUUACCAGAUGAGGAAGAGUUUGGUGAACAGUAGAGAAGAGCUACGUGAGGAACAUAAAUACAACUGCACAAUGAAGCACCUCAAUUUAGAAACCAAACUGGACUUUACAUUUGGUCUACUUUGA